GUGUGAAAAUCGCCUUCUAAUUUGCGAGGAAUUGAUUGGUCCACUUGGUCGCCCGUUCAUGCAGAAUGGCAUCGGACAGCCUUCAGAAUACUGGCUGGUUCAUCUGGAACCGAUUUUAAUCGCUCUUUCCUAAGUAUUGAAGUAUUGGGCCUAAUUUUGUUCCUCAGAUAAACCAGUUUACAUUCUAGAGAACACCCAGUGGAGGCUUCAGUAUUCAAUUUUCACAGUGGUCGAUGUUGGAUUACUAGAGUACAUAACAGGUCGGAACCGGGAAAGUAAGUGGCAGACCCCUGUUAGAACUCUUGUCUCCUUGCAGCUUCCUGCUUGGUUUGUCACUGUAGAAGGGCAGUCCUAUUUCUCACCGCAAGUGUCGCCUUCCCCGGAGAAAUAUCACUAGCAGGGCUCGCCACUCGCCAUUUCAACACCCGCAGCAGAAUCAUCGUUUACAAAACUAGCUAGUUAGGGUACCGAGUGGACCCCAGUCUAGAACCAUUACCGAGUCUCUGAGCUCAGCUUAUUGUGUUGCAAAGCUCCUCUUUCCUUUCACAAUCCAAAAAGUUCAGAAACCAAAAGACUCCACCACUAACAAACAAAUUCAACCAUGGCUUACAGUCCGUACCACGUAUCUACAAUGCAAAAUCACAUGUCGAUGUCCUCCAACGAGCCCGCCCAGGCACAAGCAGCCCCAGCGGUGCCUUACAGCGGCCAAUGGACCAAGGAAGAGCAAGACUACGUGGCCAUCCUCGUCGAAGGAUUCAAGCACGGCAGCCUCGAUAUCCCUGAUGGCACUAGCCUCAGGUUCUUCAUUGCAGCCAAGCUGGGAUGCAAACCCAAGCGUGUGAGCAAGAAAUACGAGCGCACUGGCUACAAUGGAAAGCAAGUCUAUCGAAGAGACACCAACAUCUCGGAAGAAACGCAGAAAGACUACAGCAAGCGCCUCAAGGAGCUCGAGAAGAAAUUCAAGGAAAGCAGAGCUCUCGUCGUCAGCAUGCAAGAAGCAAAGGCCACCGACACCUCCUCUUCGGCUCGAGGAGCUUCGUCCUCCGCUACCCAAACCAGCCAAGCUGCCGCUCAAACCAUCAACCCCAACGUUCAGGCUUUGGAAGAACGCCUCGUGGCCAUGCGCAGUCAACUCGACCGACGUGCCGCAGGCAUGAUGGGCGGGUUCCACCAUCGUCUUCCGCAGCCGCAACAGUCAUCCAGAUUCAACAGCCCCCACGGUAUGAUGCUGGCAGGUGCAGCACUCAAUACUCCUCUCUCCUCCGAUGUCAUGGAUGCCUACCUCAUGAACCACCGUACUGCUGCCAAUGGCGCCUUUGUUGGCGGAAACGGUGCUGGAUUCUCCUCCGUACUGACUCCAACCGGUCCGCCCGCAACGAACAAGUUGCUCCUCGAUCUCUACAAACGUCGUCAGCAAUUGGCCAUGGCCAACGCGGUCAUGGCCAGUACUAACGCUGGAGUUGCGGCGGCAACUCCUGAUCCCUACAUGAUGAUGAACCAAGAUGCUUUCGCGGCAAUGAACGGCAACGACAUGAUGGCGAUGAUGCAAUCCAACAACGGUCACAACAAGCGUGCCUGGGAACAAGAGGAGCAACUUCCAUCUCCAGACUCUUCCUACAAACGAGCCCGGGCUGCAUAAGAAAAAUGGGAUUGAUAGGGGUGUUCCGCGCUGAUGCCGUCGCCUCAGAAAUAGAUGUAUUGUUUCUUUUCAUAUUAAAUCGCAUAGAUAUAUAGUUGUCAGAC